UACAAUAAGAGGUCCAAAACUCUCAUUUUCUUUUGGUGAUAGCUUGUUAGAAUGGAGAUGAAAAAGGGGUUGGUACUGCUAACAUAUGUAAGUAUCCUCACGUCAAUGAUCAUCUCUCCAGCUCUAACAAAUGCGACUGCUUCGGAGAAAAAUGGUUCUAUAGCCUUUGGUAAUUGUACUGUGGGUGACAGCACUCAUAUUUCAGCCCAAGGUUUUUUUGGUGAUGCAUGGAAAUGUGUGACGUUACUUCCAUUUGUUCCUCAAAGUUGCUCUUUGGAAUUUGGUAUGAUAGUCAGAGGUGAUGAGCAUUCGAUUGUAAAGGGAAAAUGCUGCGAGAUGCUCAAAGAAGUUGGUCGGGAGUGCUUUGUCUCUAAUUUCAAAGUAUUUCAAAAGUUGUAUGAUAUUUGCAUAUCUCUAAUGGGAUAGAUAAAUAAAUGUCUCGUGUACGGGAUAUUCUGAUUAUUGAGAAACAAAAAAAUAUAAUAUAAUUAGAAUAAAUGGCGCUAGCUAUAUUGUUAGCGAGGUGUUCGUAAUAUUUGUAUUUUGUACUAAGAA